AUGAAUAAAGAAAUGGAUAUCAAGUUUCAAGCCGACACAUCUUCUGACCAGGAUGUACAAAUGGGCAAUUUUGCAGUUGAUCCCUUGCGAGAAAAAAAGCUCCUGAGGAAACUUGAUCUAUGCAUCUGUCCGCUGGUGAUGCUCAUUUUCUUGGUUGCGUAUCUCGAUCGAAGUAAUCUGGGAAAUGCAGCUGUUGCAGGAAUGCCAGAAGAUCUCGGAUUAGUUGGCAACGAAUUAGGGAAUGCGGUUUCAUUAUUCUAUGCAACCUACGUUUUCUUCGAAAUUCCAUUCUCGAUGCUCCUCAAAAAAUUACGACCAAACAGAUUGAUUGCCGCGUUGAUCAUUGGCUUCAGUGCAUCCAUUCUAUCUGCCGGUUUUAUCAAAAAUGUUGCUGGGCUUUAUAUCACCAGACUGUUGCUGGGUGUCUUUGAGAGCGGCCUUUUCCCAUGCUUGACUGUUCUCCUAACCACCUUCUACAAACGUGAGGAACAAGCCCAAAGAAUCUCAUACCUAUUUGUCUCCGCCGCUCUCAGCGGAGGAUUCGGUGGACUACUAGCCUUCGGACUCAUCCGACUAGACGGCGUGAACGGCCUCGAAGGGUGGAGAUGGCUCUUCAUUGUGGAGGGCCUGAUGAGCGGCGUCGUUGGAAUCGCCACUUUCUUUUUGCUCCCGAACGACUACGAAACAGCGUACUUCUUGAACAAAGAAGACAAGGAGCUCAUGCGCAUUCGCAUGCAGCAGUCCGCCCGCUAUGCUGAUCCCGAAGAGUUCAACGUCAAGGAGGUGUGGAAAACACUGAGGGAUCCAAAGAGCUGGCUUACAUCUUUCAACCAAAUUUGUGUCAACAUUUGCUCGUUUGGCUUCAGCACCUUCCUUCCGACAAUUAUCAAAGGGUUCGGGUUUGAUUCAGUGAAGACGCAGCUGCUCACUGUCCCUGUUUAUAUUUGGGCAUCUGCGUUUUACUUGGUCAUUGCUAAUUUGUCCGACCGGGUGCGCAUGCGAGCCGUUUUCAUGGUCCCGCUGUGUUUGGUCAGUGCUGUCGGGUAUGCAAUGCUGUUGGGUGUGGAUGUUCAUGCACGAGGGCCGUUGUACUUUGCAACAUUUGUCUGCGUUACUGGCAUCUACGCGACAGUGGGAUUGGGUGUCAGUUGGAACGCAAACAGUCAUUCCGGCUACUAUAAGCGCGCUAUGGCAGUGGGCCUGCAGCAGUCUAUUGGAAAUUGUGCGGGUUUGAUUGCGGGCCAAAUCUACAAAUCCCAAGUAAAUGGACGAUACGUAAUGGGCCAUUCUGUUUCUCUAGCUGCAAUUUGCCUUGCAUUCUUCGGUAAUGCUGCGAUGUGGGCACUGCUCCGGUAUCACAAUACAAAGCGAGCACAGAUGUCGCCGGAAGAGAGGGAGCAGGUUGUCAGCUCGGGUUCGUAUGAGAAGAAAGGCGGAGACUUCCACCCGGAUUUCCGGUAUAUCCUGUGA